CAUGCGGUGUAACGGUCUCUUUGUAAUCUUUAAUCAUCUGUUCAUUAAUAUUAGUUAUCUAUGAUAUUUUUGGCUACUUUAACAUGUUUACAUGUUUUCUAGUUGUAUUCUGUAAAUUAAUGUAGAAAACAUUAAUUACAUUAAACAUUAAUCAUUUUGGGUUCAGUACCACAUUUGUGCAAUUAUUUCGGAUGAAAUCCUGAUUAAGUUAUUAACUUAUGCCAACAAUAAAUUAUUUUUAAUGUUUUAUGUAUUUUUGUAACACUAUUGAGAUAUUUGAAAGUUAUGAUGGUUUAUUGUAGUGUUUUUUCACGUUGUGAAGGAUACUUAAAAAAAUCCCUUAUUUCAUUCUGAUGACAAAAUCAAUUUUAUUGUUAAGAAUAACGUUACGCUAAAACCAUGCAGGCCAUGGGAACUAUUUUUUAGAUCUUUUACAGUUUUGUUUGAAAAGUAUGAAGUACAUUAUCUUCAAAAUGUAAAAUUCAACGAGAAGCGUAUUUUCAGUUUGUUGUCUCCAUCUAGUGGCGACACAUAACCGAUACAGUUGUUUUUUGAAAAGGUUAUUUAAAUUAUUUUGAUUACUGUCGACAUGGAUUAUAUUUGAACUGUAAAUUUGAUCAGUAUGUAUGAUUAUUUGAAGUAUUGUUACAGAAAUAAUGAUAUGAAGUUGAACAGAUUGUUUAUGGAAGUGUUCCACAAGUAACUGUUAGUACAGUUUGCUGGUAUGCAGCUAGUUCGGAGCGGCUGUGACAUUCUGAAAAGUUUAGAUGUUUUUAUUUCUCCGUGGCACAGCAUGUCGUACAUGAGAAAUCACUUAAGUUGCAUGUUCAAAAGACACGUGAUGUGAACGGCUAUUUGUGGUAUUUUUUUUUGGUGGUGUUAAAUUUAUAUUUUAAUUGACUUUGAAACCUAUAUAUGUUUGUUACAUGUAAUUGGUUUUCUAUUAUAAUACUUUUUCAUUUUUAUGUUGCAGAAGACUGAAACCUGAUUUAAGAUGCCUCGUACAAAGCAAUCUCGACGCUCUCAAGCUGCUAAGAAGAGGAUGGCAGACCGAAUGGCUGAAGAUGGUCUGCCACCUUUCAAGAAAUUGGCAGAAUUAUCAGAACGUUGUGUGCAUCACAACGGGCCUAAAAAACCUGUUCUUGACAAUUUUCUGAAAAAGCCUGAUCUUGACAAUUUUCUGAAAAAACCUGAUCUUGACAAUUUUCUGAAAAAAUCUGAUCUUGACAAUUUUCUGAAAAAACCUGAUCUUGACAAUUUUCUUGAAAAUGAUCCUGAGAAAUCUUCCACACCCUGCCCUGAUCCAACAGGCUCUUGCCAGUUUUGGACCGUCAGUGAUCUGAAUGAUGUCCUCAUUCACGGAGAUGAGCUGUACAGUGCCAUGAGAGAUGCAGGAAAAAUCAACGACUGCAGAGAUGGCUACGUUCAAGUUGCUGAGCUGCCUGACACACACACGCUGAAUAAUUGCACUUUUUCAAUAAAGUAUGGCCAAUUGCUCACAGGGUUGUUUGGCAUUUCUCAUUAUGAUGAAGGUCUGCAAGGCUUUGCCAUGUCAUUUGAUGAAGCAGUAAAACAAGCAUUCCAGAGGUUUGAUGCAUGUUUGGUAAAUAUGAACCACACCAUAUGUGCAGCUGUUAGACAAGGUUCAUGGUAUGCAGUGAUUGAUCCACAUUCCUGACACUCUGAUGGAACAUAUGCACAGUAUGGUAAGAGUGUAGUGACUUUCUAUGGCAGCAUAGAAUCUUUGCUCAUUCACUUCAAGAGACUUGGUGCAUCAUUGAAUGCAAAAAAUCGUCCUUUUGAGGUAACAGGUGUUGAGGUGAACAAGUGUGAACAAAAGUCUAAAUGUUCUUCUCCCUUUGUCUCUACUACUGAACAUAAUGAGAUGAAAAUGAAUGCUGGUACUGAUGUAUGUCCACAGAGAUCUUACAUAAGAGGCUCUUUCCAUCAAGGACAUCCCCGCUUCAAUCCCAAUGGUGGUAAGCAAUGUGCUGCGAACAGUUUAAUUGCCAUUGUCAUGUCUAAGAUGAAAAAUGUGUUGCAGUGGACCGUCAGUGACCUGAAUGAUGUCCUCAUUCACGGAGAUGAGCUGUACAGUGCCAUGAGAGAUGCAGGGAAAAUCAACGAUUGCAAAGAUGGCUUCGUUCAAGUUGCUGAGCUGCCUGACACACACAUGCUGAAUAAUUGCACUUUUUCAAUAAAGUAUGGACAAUUGCUCA